UCUUGUGGGUGUGUGAUGUCUUUAUCUAGAAGGUGGUCUCUCCAGCUCCUGGGGCUUUUCCUCCCAUCCCCAUGGCUGGGCCAGCUGCCAGAGGGCCCCUCACAUCCGGCUCCUCUCCCAUCUCAGACAGUCAACAUCUGUCUUCUCGGUUCUGCUAAAUACCUCCUGCUCGACUCCCACCGCCCCCGCCCUCGCAGACCCCAGCGCAGCUUGCGUUUCCUGCUAAACGCCCUUAGCCGUGGGAGGGUCCUGGUGGCCUCCCCGGCAACUGUUCCUGGGCUUGGCUGGCUGGCUGGCUAUCACCCCGGAGAGUCCUUCACCCCCUGGCUGACCGCCGCCGGUGGGCUCCAGCCUCAUCGCACGUGCCUCCACUGCCAAGCAGCGGGAUCCGCAGCCCCGCUUCCCUCGGGCGUCUCCCCGAGGUGGGAUGUGCGGCCCAGGGGUCCACGGCGCCCAGGACAGGCCCGCAGCAACCAUCUGCGCAGUGGGCCAACGCGGCUCAGUGCCGCGGACUACCGGCAGCCCGCCUUGCCGCCCGAACCCGCGAGGGCCGACCCUGACCCCAGGGAUCCGCGGCCCGGAACCUGCAAGACGGGGUCUCGACCUGAGCGGAGCAGAACGCGAACGGACCCGCGGCGCAGGCUCCGCCGGCCGCUUCCGGCGUCUGGCCACGAAGCCUCCCCGCCUCUUCCGGCGUCGGAGCCCUGGCCGGUGCCCUAUGUCGGCGCGAGUGCCAGGCAGGUGGAGCAUGUAUUGUCGUUGCUGCGAGGCCGUUCUGGAAAGAUGGUGGACCUGGGCUCUGGCGAUGGCAGGAUUGUGCUGGCUGCCCACAAGUGUGGUCUCCGCCCAGCUGUGGGCUAUGAGUUGAACCCGUGGCUGGUGAGGCUGGCGUGGCUGCAUGCCUGGAGGGCAGGCUGUGUGAGUAAUGUCUCCUACCGCCGUGAAAACUUCUGGAAGGUGAGCCUGAGGGACUGCUACAACGUGUCUGUGUUCCUGGCUCCUAGCGUGCUCCCACUGCUGGAGGACAAGCUGCAGGCAGAGUUGCCUGUGGGAGCCCGAGUCGUGUCCGGGCGCUUCCCCCUCCCCACCUGGCAACCUGUGGCGGUGGUGGGUGAGGGUCUGGACCGCGUCUGGGCCUAUGAUGUCCACAGGGGCGGGCCGGCCGGGCCGGCCGUCCCAGGACCCAGUUCCGCCUCCGUACCUGGAGCCCCCAGUUCUCAGGCUGACUGACCGGACACAAUAAAGACGCAGUGGGCUCCA